AUGUCUCCACAGCAAAUUGAAAGUAAAUCAGCAGAGGGAAAUAAGAACUUUCCCCUUAGUAAUCCACAAUUGACGGACAAUCAGAAUGAACAAUUUACUCAGCGAAUUGGCAUCCCGGACAAUUCGAUAAGUGAUUCUAUUGAUAUUAAGACUGAUGACAGUCAGAUGAAUCUGAAACAAGGCGAAAAUUUGGCAAAUGACGAGAUUGUCUCUAAAAAUAAAGCCCAAAGUGACAAAUUAGCAAWUGAUGAGACYGUUUCUACAGAUAAAGUUGAUUUUGAAAACAAGAGUUUCUCUGAGAACGAGAUACGCGAACUCUUCACUGAAUUACCAUUUACGAAUAAUGACUACGUGGACAAUGACRUACCGCAAAUAACACUGYUUAGACCUGAUGAGUUUGUUAGCAUGAAUGAUUUAAGCGAUUCGACACAAUCGAAUGUUACUAACUCAGCGGACACUCAAACAGAUCAGACAUUCACACCCACUAGUCAAGACCCACUCCCGCCAAUAGGCGAGUUAUAUAAGACAUUUUUCAGGCAAUUYUUACAAGUCAUUGUAAUGACCCUAGCACUAUUAGUGUUUCCGGCUUUACAAUUUAUCACAUAUUCCCAAGAUUAUAUCGCGAAGUUAGGUUACUAUGUUGUAUCGAAGAAAGACAUUUCCAAAGGGACCAUUAAGUUUAUUAUGAGAAAUAUUGGCGCCAUAUUUUUUAGUAUUCAGGGACAAUUUUCCAAGUUAAGGAUGUAUUUUUAUAGUGAUGCACACCAAAGUCAAAGUGUUUUCCAAGUUUAUAGUAAAAAGUCUGCAGCAUUUUAUACUCGUUUAGUAGAGUGCAUUUUUCAAGUUCCAUUUGUUCRGUUUUACAAGAUGCAUCACAAUUUAGAUGACAACACAUGUCAACACGUAUUACAAAGUUCAGAAGAUAAAUUUUGCCAAGUCCCACAUAUAGAAGUUUUAAAUGAACGUAGGCAAAAAUGCAACGAUGACRCGGAAGUGYACARCCGGAGUUCUAGCAUUUUUGAGGAACACGUUCCACAUUUUUCAAGUAAUGGCCAAACAGAAAACAAAGAAGUAAUCGGAAAUGUUGACACUGUUCCUUUCUCAUCAGAUACAGCAAACCUACCGAGUCGUUUCAAUGCACAUGGGAAGCAAAAGGUCAUCAGUGAUAAAAAUCUUGAAGCCAAUGGAAUGAUAUCGGCAAUUGUUAAAGAAGUCCAGCAAUCGUUCAUCACACCAUCAAAAACACCAGACCAUGGAAAUGGCCAGGAAAUCAAUGGCCAGGAAUUCAUGGAAAUGGAAACUCCUACUAAAUUAGCUUUUGAAAAGGGUAACGACAUCAACGAUGGACCAUCGAAUUAUGCCGCGGUGGAUCUUGGGAGUUCUCCGGCAGAAGCAACACAGAAAACGCUUAUAGUUACACCUGAAGGUUCUCCAAUGGUGCAACAACUGGAAGAGUCCMCACUUGUGCAACAAMCCGGUGUUUGCCAAGAUUCUCCAGAAAUCGUAGUUACUGAGCAUGGUGAAAAUGAGGUGGCCGCUGAUUUUAUCCCAUGUACACCAUGGAGUGAUCAUGAUGACGUUAUUCAUGAUAACCCAGUKGUCAUGCCUACACCAUUGCUGCAUGUCAAUUUCCUAGAGGAAGGUGACACGCCCAUAAGACACAGAGAAAAGAAGGUUAUCGUAUCAAAUCAUAACUUGUACUUGGCCGCUGAUUUUGAUGAUGUCCUGGGUCCAAGUGACGAAGUAUUGGGCUAUGGGUCAUGGCGUCAGACUUCGAGUGUCGAACACCUUAACAUCGAGGUUGGUCAGCGUCAAACUCAAUCUCUCGAGCGACCUCGCCUSAAGUCCUCWGCAUCUGCACCACAACUUAAAGUUCAACAAGAAUUGUUUAACGUUCCUAGUAUUUUAGAUCAAAUGCAGUACGAGCUUCCCGCGCAGAUAUCAAACAAUGCUGCCCAGUCGGCAAGCUGCCAUGUCGACGUAGCCGAGUAUAAACUAGAUUCGGUGAACUUCGACAAAGAUGUUUCCUCUACAGAAUCCCAGAAUGCGGUACACAUUCGUCCUUCUGUGGUCUCAAAGGAAACGUUGAAUGAGUUAGAGGUGAAAGACAGCGAGACGAUUCCUGAUGYUGGAAAUGUCGCAUCAUCAAAAUACAUUGCUUCAAAUUUUGAUGAAACUAAAAGUGAGUGCGAAUCAGAUGAAGAAAGAGGRAGUAAAAGCUCGUUUGAUGACGAGUACGAGGCCGUCGACCUUGAAUUGGAUAUCGAGGAGAGAAAUACCCAAAACAACCCACAAAAUGAYGAGAAAGAGUGUGAUAAAAUAUCUGAGAACGACAGAACAUUCACAGAGAGCUCAAGUUUCGAGAAAGAGGCAGUUGAUGCCACCGAGUGUGAACAAUUACCAAAUAAAUCAAAUAAUGAAAAAGACAAAAUUGACAAAAUUAGUGACAGUAGUCGAUGUACUGUCGAAAAUAUAGCGGACUUCAAAGAGCCAUAUAGUGAAAAUCAAACCUAUCAAUCUAACAAUGCUAAUGCAGAGCAGGACUCUGCUGUUUUAAACCGAGAACACAAGGACAGUGGCAGUGAAGAUCUUUGCCACGUACCAACCCUUACUGAAAUUACCGCUGGUGAUUACAGUGGACUCAAUAAAGCCGAGCCGAGUCAUCGAGGUUUCAUGGAAAACGACGAGGAAGAUGGUGAUUUUUAUCGUGUGCCAACACUGACCGAGUUAGCAGGUCAAGACGAUGAUAAUGUCGUCGAGGCCUUUACAAGCAAUGAUGUGUUGGCGGGAAGACGGUGGUCUGAAGACGACCAAUAUGAAGUUCCAGACCCGAUCGACUCCAAARAUGAAGCUAUUGUACCCAAACCACCGCCUGGUAGAUCUGGACGAGGGUGCAUCUCGGCAAGGUUGAGGCGAUACAAGCACAGAAGACAUAACAUAGGAUUCACCCUGGUGGCUUUGAGUGAAAAACCAGUCGUCAUCUAGGGAAUGCUCUCAUAAACUUUGAAAAKAACAAUUUUACCACGUUAUUGAAUUAUAGUUUUCCUACUUUGUGUCUAAUAAAUGUUUUAAAAUGCUAA